ACAUUGACAAAUUCUCACCAAUCAUGUAGACCCGAACAGCAAUUUGCGGAACUCGCCAAGAUCGAGGGCCAUGUAGAGGAGGCCACUAUCGCAAGCGUCUACGAUCAGCUGAAGCCUGUCGCUCCAGAGCUGCUGGUUGGCCAGUGGGAAGGAGGCAGCUUCGAUACUGGACAUUCCACGCAUUUGCAGCUUCGCAACUUCAAAUGGGCGGGUAAAGACUUCCGGUCCGUCGAUGAUGUAGAUCCAAUCAUGCGAUACGAAGAAGAUGGCAAACGAACGUGGUUUUCUGACUACGGCCACGCGCGGGUUCGAGAGGUUAAGUUCAGGGGUGUUGUGACUGCGGCAAUGGUUUAUGACAAGUUCCCCAUCAUUGACGCAUUCCGUUAUGUGGAUGAAAACACUGUGAUCGGUGCUAUGGACAACAAGGAACUUCAGCACUCUGGGACAUACUACUUUUACCUGAGAAGAAGAACCCAGAGCAAGGCCUAG